UCUCAUCCCCUAGUUGCUCACCCACUUAGUAUCACGAACCCGCUCGAUCCAUAAUAUCCACGUUGUCGUGUCAAUACAGAAAAUCAAUAUAGUAUUUUCUUUGUCUUAAAAAAAAUAAUAGAAAAAAUAAAACCUUAGAAUAGGUAAAGUAUUAAAAUAAAGGAAGUAAAGAAGUAUCAAGAUAAGUUGUCGAAAGGUUUCGAGAAAGCCUCACUAGCAUGCCAGGCUCACCAGCUCUUAAAGGUUGUAAGAAGAAUGACAAGAAAGCAGAAAGUGAAGAUCUUGGAGUUUUAGGAAUCCCUACCACUCUUAGCAUUGGUCUUCGAUAUCGACCAGAGGAACUGUCCACUCUAGCAGCCAAGACACGCUUCACGCGUAAAGAAAUACAGAUGAUCUAUCGGGGAUUCAAACAGGAGUGUCCAACUGGCUAUCUUGAUGAGGAGGCUUUUAAAAUCAUCUUUUCUCAGUUUUUUCCCCAAGGUGAUGCUAGCCAAUACGCUCACUACGUAUUCAAUACUAUAAAACAUAAACAGACGGCUGGCAAGAUAAACUUUGAGGAAUUCUUGACAAUCUUAUCAAACAUUUCACGAGGCUCAAUGGACGAAAAGCUGCAAUGGGUGUUUGGACUUUACGACCUUGAUGGGGAUGGACUAAUUUGUAAAGAGGAAAUGGUAGAUGUUGUCGGUUCUAUCUAUGAGAUGCUGGGACGUUAUACGACGCCUCACAUUUCCGAGCCUCAUGUAGCAGCACAGGAGCAUGUCGAUCGCAUAUUUCACCUGAUAGAUUCAAACAAGGAUGGCUACGUAACAAUCGAUGAACUAGCCCAGUGGUGCUCCAAAGACGAGCACCUGAUGCGCAGUUUUGAAACACUAGACACUAUCUUGUAAGCAACUAGCAUCGACUUAACUAAAUCUUGCGUAAAAAUGUAUGUCUACUACAGUUAAGGAUGAUUCUUGUAUUGGAAACUAAAAAUCUCUCAUGAUUUUUGCAAACUACACAGAUCCAAGUCUCAGAAAAUAAAACAGGAAACACGGGACAAUAUCAAUGUAUCAUACUUUCUACGCUUAUUAGCGUCAUACGGCAAAACACACAAAUAAUAAAUUUAAAAAAAAUAACUAUAUCGUAGGAAUUUUUUUUAACAUUUAUUAUUAGUUUAAGUUUCAAACUUUAGAUAGUACGAAAUGCAGCUAUAUUCAAUAUGGAAUCAGUUGUACGUCCAUAUUAAAGAAGCGUUUCGUACUUUCGUAUACUGGUUUAAGCUUUUACAAGCCGUAAAAUUAAAAAAAAAAUAUUCACAAUAAAAUUAUCUCAUAGAUAUUGUUUGAAGUGUACGAAAGGUUAAUGCAGAUAUCGUUCUAUAAGGUGUAUUAUUUUUUUUUCACACGGCUACAUACGUCGUUUAAGUAACUUUACAAUUGAUGAUCACUUUAAGUAAUUUUGUGUUAAGACAAACGUCCUUAUAAGAUGUCAAAAAAACGAAAUUCGCCUGAUAAAGUAUUGUUUUCAAAACGUAAGAUUACUUUUAUGCAUGCACAUUCAUGAGAUGUUCAGAAUUACUUGGUGAUAAAAUAUCUUGACUUACUUGUUUCGUCAUGCAUGUCUUCUUAUAUAUUACAUGCAUCAAAAGAAGAUUUUUAAGGUUGCUGUGUUAUUGUAUAUUCGACUUGACCUACUGCGUUCCACAUGAAAUAAAAAUUUUUGAAUUAUUUUAUACCAACAUAACUAUAAUAAUAUAAUAAGUUAUAACUUAAGUCUACAGUUGUUUAUGUUACAGUUGUUAUUGUUCUAUUAUUACUGUACAGUAACGAUUGCACCUAAUUGUUAACGUUAUAAAUUAUAACAGGAAUUAAAGUUUCAAAUAGAACAAGUUAUCUUGCAUCGUAGACCAGCGGAAUUGGAGGAAUAAGGGCUAUUUUUAGACUUAAUUAUGCACAUGUUUGUACAUACCUAAUUUUGUUAGCUUGUAUGCAAGGAACGUCGUGCUGAAACUGAUUUCAAAUCAGAGGUUCGAAGAAUUGUUAAAUUUAUAAUAUAAUGUAAAAAAUCACAAUCAAUCGGUUUUCUUAUAAUUUACUUUAAACGUAUUGUAAAUACAACAACUGAACUUUAUUUAUCUUUUAGGUAUUAAUUAUUCUGAAAAUUUGAAACCUGUUAAUUCGAAUUUGGCUCAUAAUUUAAAGACAAAUUAGUGUCAAGAACUUCGGAAUUUCAACUUCUUUCAAAUUGGAGGAUAAAUGUUCUAUGUGACUGAAAAUUGAUGAAAAUAUAUAUUUUACUGUCCUAAAUGUA